GUGGAAGGUAACACCCACCAUGUUCACCGGCAGUAGUAGAAGUGAAAAAAUCUCCAGCUCGAUGGUGCUUGUGUCGAGUCUGGUGUUCCUUUCGGUGGUCCUGAUGGGAUCGGCGGCAGUCGCCGAGGAAACCGAAAAUCGGUCACGGAAUCACAAAGCCAUGCAGUUCGGCCGGAGUGCGAUUGAAACGAAAACCGACGCUAAUGAGCAUUUGCCUCGUGACUACGACGGCCAGGAUGAUGAGGAUAAUUAUGACGUCGAGGAGGACGACGAAGAUGUCGGCGAAAGUGAGCGUCUGACCACGACUGGUGCGUCCUCGUCCGAACAGCACAACGAUGUGACAACGCCGAGCAGUGUCAAUUAUGUUGCAACUACUCCAAAAAUAGUGAAAUCUUCAGAGGUUUUGAGCAGAUACGAACAGGGCCUGGAGGACUACGAGGAAGCAGCGGAUCGGGAGGAACGGGAAAACAGCCUGCAACAACAACAACAACAACAACAGCAGCAGCAACCGGUCGGCGGUUUCCUGAUGAAACCGAUCCUAACAACGCUAUUUAAUGUGAUGAGCAGUGCUUUCUCGUCGAAGCGAUCUUUCCAAGUGGUUGGACCGGAUCCGGCGUCGGUGUUGAGCGAAUGGAAUCGGAUGGCCGGUGUAGAUAACGGCGACGACAGCAGCAGCGGUGGUGGACCAUCAACAAGCGAUGAUGCAGAUAAUCAAAAUGGAAACUCAACCGCUGUGGGAGCUGCCGGGAGUGCUAGGUACAUCCAGGGAGACCCGCUGAAUGGAUACUACGAUUUCGUAAUCACCGAAGGAUCGUACAAAUUUUGGGCCAUUUUCCAGAUUUUAACAGCCAUCCUCGUCAUCUAUUCUACCUUUGCCGCUAUCUACUACUCGAAAGUAAGCCCACUGACGUCGGAUUACGACUAUAUCGAAUAUCUGAACGGUGGUAGGUCAUUCGCCGGUGCAAGAUCUAUGGAUGGGAUCAGCGGACCGGCGGGCGACAUGUGGAACGGUUUGCUCGAAAAGCCCUGGUUCAAUAUCGCAACGAACUCGUUCGUCUUUGUGAUGAAUGCCAUCGAAAAUGUGCCCAAAUAGGGUAGUAACGUUUACUCGUUAUUGCCAAUCGACGGAUUCCGAUGGAACAUUUGACACAGCAGACAGACGCCCGGCUUUGGAUCUCGAAUGUUUCAUUUGAAUUUUGUCUCGGGAA